ACCAACAAUAUACACUAGUAUUUAUCGCUUAUUAAAUAUCAAUAUUCAUUUAAACCAAACUAAAUAUAUUUAACCCUGUAGAAUAAAAUCAGACAUUGACUCAGUGUUAAUAAGUAGUAUAAAUAUUAUUCGGUUAUAUUUGGCAAGGUGAUAAACUCGAAAAAAAUCACAUAUCAUACUUAGAAAGAGAGUGACACUAUUCAGAUCAACAUGAUGGCUAAGUUUGUGGUUCGGGUUCUAAUAAUAUUACUUGUAUUAUCCAUCAACGUCCACGGUCGUGGUGGCGGAGGGCAUGGUGGAAUUGGAGGAGGAGGAGGACGUGGUUUUGGUGGAGGAGGGCGCGGUAUUGGAGGAGGACGUGGUUUUGGUCUAGGUCUCGGACGUGGUUUUGGGAGAGGCAUUGGACGUGGUCUUGGCAGAUAUGGAGGCUUCGGAGGAGCACUUAUAGUCUACAGGAGACGUUUACCAUGGCCAUAUUAUUACUACUACUAAUUGGAGCUUACAAAAUAUUUUUUCCUUAAUAUACAAUAAACAAACUUGUUGAUAAACUAAUUUGCACAUGUAUAAACAAUAAUAAUAUAAA